CAGUAAGGUAACGUUCCCUACGUCCUAGUAGUGUAGGCACAAUCUGGCAACCCCAGAUCCUCACAGCAGAGGAUGAGACACGGAGAGCUGAACUGAGUUAGUAGUCCCUAGAACACGAGUAGCACAGGAUGGCUGCUGGAAACGCGUGGAGGUCAACGGUGUCCCAUGUAAUGGGAGCCAUAAAGACUCAGAGCCCACUGCCCAGAACCUUCUCCAGAGGGAUUCAAACGGUAACGUUAAUUCCUGGAGAUGGAAUCGGUCCAGAGAUCUCCACUGCAGUAAUGAAGAUAUUUGAAGCAGCUAAGGCCCCUAUUCAGUGGGAAGAGAGAAACGUGACUGCCAUUAAAGGACCCGGAGGCAGGUGGAUGAUCCCUCCUGAGGCCAAAGAGUCGAUGAACAAAAACAAAAUUGGAUUAAAAGGACCCCUGAAAACACCGAUUGCUGCUGGACACCCGUCCAUGAACCUGCUGCUAAGGAAGACCUUCGACCUUUAUGCUAACGUGCGUCCCUGCGUGUCAAUCGAGGGCUAUAAGACGCCAUACACCGAUGUGGAUCUGGUCACCAUCAGAGAAAACACAGAAGGAGAGUACAGUGGAAUCGAACAUUUGAUUGUGGAUGGAGUUGUGCAGAGUAUCAAACUGAUCACCGAGGAGGCCAGCAGACGCAUUGCUGAGUAUGCAUUUGAGUACGCCAGGAAUAACCAAAGAACCAGUGUCACGGCCGUUCACAAAGCCAACAUCAUGCGAAUGUCUGACGGUCUGUUCCUGAGGAAGUGCAGAGAGGUUGCUGAGAAUUACAAGGAUGUGAAAUUCACCGAGAUGUAUCUGGAUACAGUCUGUCUCAAUAUGGUGCAAGAUCCAUCUCAUUUUGAUGUACUGGUGAUGCCAAAUCUUUAUGGUGACAUCUUGAGUGAUCUGUGUGCUGGACUGAUUGGGGGUCUUGGAGUCACUCCCAGUGGGAACAUCGGAGCCAAUGGUGUUGCUAUAUUUGAAUCAGUACACGGAACUGCCCCCGACAUCGCAGGCAAAGACCUGGCGAACCCCACUGCUCUUUUGCUGAGUGCUGUCAUGAUGCUGCGCCACAUGGGACUGCACGGGCACGCUAAAAAGAUCGAGACCGCCUGCUUCGACACCAUUCGGGAUGAGAAGGUUCUGACCAAAGACCUCGGUGGAAAUGCUAAGUGCUCCGAGUUCACAGCUGACAUCUGCCGAAGAGUGCAGGACAUGGAUUGAGGUUUAUCUAGUGUCUAUGUUCAGAUCUGAUGCCUAAAGAACUGAUGGUCAAAAAAGAAAUUAAUCUUCGCAUCAUUCUGAUAUCUGCUCACGAUUCUACUUGGUGUCUGCAUUUUUGUUUCUCUCUUUUGUCUUAAAUUCUUGUCCUUCAGUGACUGUAUUUGUGAGCUGUUUUACUCUGUCAAAAAGGAACUACAUAAUCGAAGAUAAACUGUAUUUAUUGCCUCGA